AUGGAGGGCAGUAAGACGUGCUGCGGUUACCCUCGGAAACGGGUCCUAUUCUGCACUGUGCCCGCGGUGUUAGCCAUCAUUGCCAGCCAUCAUUGCCAAGGUGAUCGUGCUGGUAGCCCCGACUUCAUCGAGACGCCGGAGAGGACAGAGUCUGACUCCACGACCGCCGAGGAACUCUCUAUCCUGAAGACGGCGACUCUCUCCUCCAGCGAGGUUUCGGGCACGGUUCCCUUGCUCAGCGUCGCCGCGGGCAACAGCUCCUUUGUCGCUCUCAACGACUUCGUCAUCAACGAGGCCUGCGACGAGGCCGAGAUUCGGCUGCAGGAAAAAGGAUUCACGUCCGGCACGACUAGCGGUGUAAUCGUGAUGCCUUUGACGGCCGACACAGCGAGUGCUGUGGAGCUGGAUUUCACCGAGCCUCUCGAUGAGAAUUUCGCGGCAGUACUUCACGACCAGGUGAGAGCGCUGUGUCUAAAGUUGUAA